AUGCGGUCCUUCAUCGUCGUUGCCCUCGCCGGGCUUGCGUUUGCCAAUGACUUCGUCAUGAUGAGCGCCCAACGAGGAGCCUCUGGGUCCCUUCUGAGCGCCAGACAAUCCUCCUGCAGCAGCCUUGAGAAGACGUGCGAAUCGACAUGCAUUCCCCUGACGGGCACUUGCUGCGGCGUCGGCGGCGGCUCCUACUGCAAGGUCGGCUACAACUGCGUCAAGGGCGGGUGCUGCCAGAUCGGCAAGGUGUGCACGGGGACUCCCUCUGGCUGCAGCGCCAGCCAGGAGUCUUGCGGCACGCGAUGCAUGCCCAAGGGCUCGGUGUGCUGCUUCGACGGCACCUACUGCGACGCCGGAGAGACGUGCAGCAACGGCAAAUGCAACCGCAGCGGCCUCAGCCAAACCACCACCGCGGCCGGAUCGCAACCUACUAGCAGCGGAAACACCCUCUGCGCCCGGAAGAAGGGCGGCGGCAGCCACGGCGGAGGCAGCAGCAACGAUGAUGGCUGUGGCAGUGGCGCCGGCAACCUUGCGGCUCCUGGUCUUCUGAUCGGAGCCAUGGCCGCGCUGCCUCUGGUCCUUUGA